AUGGAAAGACUGCGAAAACGUCUAUGCGCAGACGACGAGAUAAUUUGCCCCUACAGCGGGAAAUGUAUCCCAGAAUGCAGUGUGUGUGACGGCAUCGUGGACUGUGGGGACGAUGACGACGCCGACGAACGGAACUGCUGGCUUGCCGCCUGCCUAGAAAAGCACAGACGGGUGUGUACAGGGGAUGCUGGCUGCUACAGCCCCAGCCGUGUGUGCGACGGGGAAUGGAACUGCAUGGAAGACAAGGAGGACGAGCGGGACUGCUUCGGUAUGGUUCAGUUUAACACGGGCGGGACUGUCCCGUUUAACUUCACCAGUCGUGCUGGUAAAGAUGAGCAUUACCUGGCCAUAGCAGUGCCGGCCAGGGUGGUGAGGCUUACACCGGAAUCACGGCUGGGCAGGACUACAUGGGGGGUAGGACUACUGGGAUGUCCCAUGAAAGAGAAUCAUGUAAACUACACAUCUUGUGGGAAAGGCUGGACGAUGUUUGAAGAACGUUGCUACCAGAAGUUUCCCUCGCCGCUUGUCUGGUGGGCUGCGGAAAACUACUGCCAAUCCCUGGGGGGUCAUCUGGCGGCCGUCAACACGCCACAGGAAAACGGGUUCCUCCGAGACAACAUUGGAAAUGGGUGGAUAGGGAUGAAGAUAGGCGCUGUCUUGAUCAAGAAAGAGAGAGAGAAAAUUGUCAACUUCACUUGGAGCGACGGAAGUCCUGCGGGUGACGCUUUCAGGGAACAGGACAUUUCCUUCGACGGUUUCCCGGAAUACAUUUUGCGGUUUAAUGACCCCUUCUGUGCCUUCCUAGAAGACCACGGUCCAUGGAGCCUUCAGCCUUGCAGCCUGAUUGAGAAGGAAUUCAUCUGUGAGAAAGAUCCGGCAUCGUUCUUCGCCGAUGGCUGUGAAACUACCGCAAACUACAACUAUACCGAGUUAGAACAUGUAGAGGAGGCUGCCAGGGACGAACUAAGUGUACAUAUUCCGGACAUGACAGCGUGCGACGAUUGCAUGGCCAGGGAAACGUCCUGUGGGUAUGUCCUUUGUGGCAUACCCGACCAAUAUCGCUGUGGGCUGAUCUACUCCCCCGGAUACCCACACGCCUUCCCUUCUUCAGCCAUCUGUCUGUGGACCAUCGAAGGUCCUCCUGGAAGCUACGUCACGCUUUUGCUGCUGGACGUAGAUUUGCCCUGCGCCAGCCGCGUGCUGCAGGUCAGGGACAGGUUCCUGACGGUAGGGUGGAACACGAUCCACGGGCUGUGUCGCGGCGAGGGCGAACAGAAGCGUUAUGUGUCGAGCUCCAAUGAGAUGCGUCUGGUCAUGCUGGCGACGACUCACAUUGCUGAUUUUGGCGCUAGUCGCGGGUUUAUAGCGACGUACAACGUCAGUAAGUUCAGCCCUAGCCGAAAAGUGGAGGGCAUUCCUGAUGAUGCAGGCUUCAUCUGCCCAUGCGGUUGGCGUUUGUUCCGACGAAACUGCUACCUGACAUCUCGCCAUCACGUACGGGUGAACUGGGAGGAGGCAGACGCCAAGUGCCGAGAGUUUGGCACCAACUUAACCAGCAUCGCUGACCGGGCAGAGAUGGAGUUUCUCCACCUGCUGUUGGUCACCAACGUUGUCGUCAAACGCAUCGUUGAUCCAACGCUUUACAUUGGUCUGUACGACAUCCACCUGAACCGAACCUUCGUCUGGACCGAUGGCAUCCCGGUGACUUACAUGGACUGGUCACCCAUGGAUGUAAGAACCUGGUUCCCACAGCCGGACGGCGCCAAGAUGAGCUACUGCGUUGCCAUAGUGAUGAAGAACGUCUGGGGAACUGACCAGUGGUACGACGUGUCCUGCGAUGAACGAGCCACACGGUCCUUCAUCUGCAAGCGUGCGGCCGGAAGAGUGACCCGUCCGGGAGACAAUGGCUAAACAGCGCAGUCAGAGAGGGCAGCUUAGCCGCAAUACAUGCUGUUGUGUGACCCUACUAGCCCCACAGAUAUAGCAGCGCUAAUGUUGUUUGGGCUAAAUUGUUUGCCAGAUACUUUUGAAGUGAAGAAACAUACACACACACACACACACACACAGACACACACACACACACACACACACACACACACACACACACACACACACACACACAUUACAACACGCACACACACACGCAUAUA